UAGCAUCGACACUAAUCUAAGUUGUAUUUUUCUUGGUAAUUUGAUGGAUAUAGAUAAUCUGCAUUUCAGAUAUUACGAAAUCAGGUUGUUUGAUUUGACUUACAUAUUACGGGAAGCCAUUUUUCCGUAGCGGUCGCCUUUCAUCCGGUACACGCGGUCGGAGUCCGUCGUGACAAACGUCGUGUCGUUAAAAAACGGAAAUUCUAGAUUUUCUACGCAGGUUUACUGGAUUCUGCGGUAUCGUGUAUGGUGUGAAAGUAAUUAUAUUUGUGCGAGAAAAUGGCGCGAUACGGACAGAGACCUGAGAAUGCUCUAAAAAGAGCGAAUGAAUUCAUCGAAGUAGGAAAGCCAGCUCGGGCAUUAGACACUUUGCAAGAAGUCUUCCGGAAUAAAAAAUGGACGUACAAUUGGUCGGAGUCCGUUUUGGAACCCAUAAUGUUCAAAUAUUUGGACCUAUGUGUGGAACUAAAAAGGUCACACAUAGCGAAGGAAGGCCUAUUUCAAUAUCGAAAUAUGUUUCAAUCUGUCAAUGUUGGAAGUUUAGAAAACGUCAUACGUGGGUAUUUACGCAUGGCAGAGGAGAAAACAAAUCAAGCAAGGAAACAAAGUCAACAGGCUGUUAUAGACAUAGAUGAUCUUGACAACUUAGCUACGCCUGAAAGCAUUCUGUUGUCAGCUGUAAGUGGUGAAGAUGCUCAAGAUAGAAGUGACCGUACAAUCUUAACACCUUGGGUGAAAUUUUUAUGGGAGUCCUAUUGUCAGUGUUUGGAACUACUCAGAACUAAUGCACAUGUGGAAACAUUGUAUCAUGACAUUGCACGUAUGGCCUUCCAGUUUUGUCUUGAAUACAACCGUAAGACUGAAUUUCGUAAAUUGUGUGAAAAGUUGAGAAAACAUCUAGAAGAAAUUUGUAAAUUACCAGCAUUGGUAUCUAAUGUUUCCAUGAAUAGAGCCGAGACUCAACAACUGAAUCUGGAAACACGAUUGAACCAACUUGAUUCUGCGAUUCAAAUGGAGUUAUGGCAAGAGGCUUUCAAGUCCUCCGAAGAUGUACACGGUAUGAUGAACUUGUCGAAAAAGCUUCCAGUACCAAAAACAAUGGCCAAUUAUUAUCAGAAGUUAGCCAUGGUGUUCUGGAAGGCGGGAAAUUAUCUCUUCCAUGCUGCCGCGUUAUUCAAAUUGCUGCAACUCUCUCGUGAAAUGAAAAAGAAUAUGUCGUUGGAGGAACAGCAGAGAAUGGCCAAUCGUGUCUUAUUAGCUACGUUAUCCAUUCCACUGCCAUCAGCUCACCCAGAAUUUGAUCGCUUCAUUGAAACAGAUAAGAGUCCGUUAGAAAAGGCUCAAAAGCUUGCAACACUUUUAGGUCUCUCUCAACCACCGACAAGAGUUUCUCUGCUUAAGGAUAUCGUUCGUUUGAAUAUCGUGAAUUUAGCGUCUCCACAAUUGCAAGAUUUAUAUUCAUGGUUAGAAGUUGAAUUCCAUCCCCUGGAGUUGUGUACACGAGUGGAUUCUGUUAUUCAGACUCUACAAACCGAUGAGAACAGUCCUUUCAUUCAGUAUAUUCCAGCCUUGCAGGACGUAACGCUUGUUCGAUUGAUUCAUCAAAUAUCACAAGUUUAUCAAACUGUACAGUUCGCAAGGCUUCUGGAGCUUGCUAAGUUCACAACAGACUUUCAUUUAGAACGUCUCUUAGUUGACUGUGUAAGAUACAAUGACAUGCAAAUAAGAAUUAAUCAUGGGAAGAAGUGCGUGCACUUUGGAGUUGAUUUGUCCGAGGCUCAGAGGGAAGAUCAUCCCGAUGGCCCGGUUCUACAAGCUAUGCCUUCUGAACAAAUUCGUUGUCAACUUGUAAAUAUGGCUACAGUAUUGCAUAGAGCAAUUCAUAUUAUCAAUCCAAACAAAAAGAAAACGGAACGUGAAAAGUUGCGCAGUGCUAUGGUGGGUCACUAUCAUGAAACUAAAUUGAAGGAGCAUCAAAGAAUUCUGGGAAGACAUAAGAUCAUAGAAGAGAGAAAAGAAUAUAUCGAACACAUAAACACAGUUCGCGAAGAGGAGGAAAUGCGUAGACAAGAGGAAUUACAAAGACAGCAAAUGCUGGCUGAACAAAAGAGAUUGGAACAAGAGAGGGAGGAGCGUGAAAGGAAACGGCAGCAAAGUGAAAUUCAACAAAUUAAGGACCGUCAUCUCAAGGAGAAAAUGCAACAAAUUUCACAGACUAGUCACGGUCAGAAAGUACUCAAGAAACUGGACGAGGAUGAGAUUAAGAAGUUAGAUGCCGAACAAAUUGCAGCCAGGGAAGCCGAGGAGCUGCAGAAAGAACGCAGAGAAAUGCAACAGAAGUUGAAAUCUCAGGAGAAGAAGAUCGAUUAUUUGGAGCGUGCCAAACGGUUAGAGGAGAUACCAUUACUGGAGAAAGCAGUCGAGGAGAAGAUGGAGCAAGCCAAGCUACGCUGGGAGCAGCAAGAGGCAGAAAGAAUUGCUGCAGCCAAAGAAGAAAGACAGCAGGCUGUCGCAACCAGAGCACGCAUGGCUAGGAUGAAGGAGGAUCAUGAUAUCUUUUUGUCGAAGAUAUUGGCUGAACGUAAGAGUAUUUACCUUGAGAAGUUGAACGAAUUUGAAAAGGUAUUGAACGAGGAGAGAGCGAGCAGAUUGUUGAAACGCAAGGUGGAGCGUAAAGCCGAGCGCAAAGCAAGAUGGGAACACGAACGUGCCGAGGCUUUGGAAAGAAGACGGCAGGAGGAGUUGCGAAUUAAACAGGAAGAGGAGAAACGACGAAUGGAGGUGGAGAAAGCGCGAAGGGAGGAAGAGGAGAGAUUAAGACGCGUCGAGGAGGAAGCAAAGGAGGCCGAACGUUUGGCUAAGAUCGAGAGACAAGCUGAGAUUACUAGAGCCAGGGAAGCCGAGAUUGAACGGAAAUUGGAGGAAGAGAGACAAAAGGAGAAGGAUAUGUCCGAUGCAUGGAGACGCCAACGAGUACCGGAGAAACCAGCAGAAGUGAUAUCUUGGCGUCGCAAUACUGAGGCGAAAGAAGACGGCAACAAAGAAGAGUUCAAUCGCUGGAAGAGACGCGGCGGCGAGACAGACAAUAAGUGGCGGAAGGAUGAACUGGAAAGACCGAAAAAGGAGAAUUCAGACAUAUGGCGACGACACAAUUAUGAUAAGGAGGAUGUUCGGGAUAGGGACAGGGAGUGGGAUAGGGAUAGAAUAGACAGAGACCGUGGAAGGGAUGCGCCGCGUCCCCCGCGUGAUACUACACGAAGCGACAAUAUAACCGAUGGUUUUCGUGCACGUGGUAGAAUGCCCGAACGUCGUGCAUCUCCUACUGGACGUCGCGAGGAGCCAAUACGUGGCAGCAAUCAGAGUUGGCGCAGUAAGGGCGACUUGAUACAAAACUCACCUCGGGAUCCACCUAGACGCGAUGAAAAGCGCGAUGAUCCAAAAGAGGACAGACUUCCACCGAAACAGGAGGAAAGAAGACGACCACCAGAGGACGACGGAUGGUCGCAGGUCAGCAGCCGGCGUUAACAUAAGACAUCGGAGCUACCUAUAGAAGCAACGUUUACCGUUCUUCAAGAACAGCGCAUUAUAUUAUGCACCGUUCUUGAAAAAUAGUAAGCGUUCCGUAUUCGCAGUUAGACUUUUUGCAAAGAAACUACACGGCGUGCCCAACUCGGCUGUUUUGUGCACCGCUGGCGUUCCUUCUCCGACAUAAUCGUUGUAAUUCAAAGAAAGCACAAAGGCAAUCCGUUCGUGGGCAAAUUCGCCGCUUCGGACGAAAAGGAAACCGAUGAUAAAAGCAAAAUGCGAACAAAAAAGAAAAUCGCAUUAGUGUACAAAAGAACUUUAUUGAUGUUCUGAGAUUUCCCGCCACUCUCCGUGACGAGACUUAUCCGGCCAAUCGAAUUCUUGCUCGCACAUACAGUCCACCGUUUCUUCUGCUCUGCACAUCGAUUCAGUAUUCCGCAUACAUGCGCGAAGUAAUCGUGCAUUUUGCUUUUAUCAUCGGUUGUGUCAAGGUUACGCGACAGAAUUGAGUUUUUAUGAUUUUUCUAAAAGAACGAACCUCCAACACACGAAUCAUUUUUUAAUAUCGACAAUAUAAUACUGCGUUACGUGCAUUAGGUUUGACAAUGAAAAAAAAAGAAACGCUCGUGACAGUAUACACGAUUAUUUCGCGCCUCGCAAUUGUAUGUGAAACACUGAAUCGAUGUAGAGAGCAGAAGAAAUGGUGGACUGUAUGUGUGAGGAAGUGGUGGGAAGUCUCGAAACGUCAAUAAAGUGCUCUUGUAUUCUAACAUUAA